UUCUGUAUGUUGGUAAAUUGAACACCAAUAAAAAUUAAUUUAUAAAAAAAAAAAGAAAGUGAAAAGAUACCCACAGAAUGGGGAGGACUGUUUACAAAUCAUAUAUCUGAUAAGAGGCUUAUAUCUGAAAUAUAUAAAUAUUGCCAACUCAGUAAUAAAGAGACAAAAAAGCAAUUAAAAUAAAAAUGGAUCUGAAUAGACGUUUACCCAAAGAAGACAUACAAAUGUCCAAUAAGCACAUAAAAGAAGCUGAACAUCAUUAGCCAUUGCGAAAAUAAAAAUCGAACCCACAGUGAAAUACCACUUCAUGCCCACUAGAAUGGCUAUAAUGAAAAAGACAAACAUAAGUAUUGGUAGAUUGGAAAGAAAUCAGAUCCUCAUUUGCUAUCAAACGAACUUUAAAAUGGUGCAUUCGCUUUGGAGACAUCUGCAGUUCCUUAAGAGGUUAAACAUGGAGGUAACGUCACCAUAAGAUCUCCCCAAGAGGUAUGAAGUUUCACACAUAACUUGUACAUGAAUGUUGAUAGCAGCAUUAUUCAUAAUAACCAAAUAAAGGAAAUAAUCCACAUUUUUGAUAAGUGAUGAAUGAAUGAAUAAUUAAAAUGUGGUAUAUCGACACAAUGGAAUAAUAAUAUUAAACAAUAAAAAGAGAUGAAGAGAUCCACACAGUGGCAUCAUAGCAUAUAUUCAACAAUAAAGUGAAAUGAACUAUAGGUGCUACAGCAUGGACGAACCUGGAAAACAUUAUGUUAAGUAACAGAAGUCAGUCACAAAGGAUAAUGUAUUAUAUCAUUCCAUUUGUAUGAAAGGUCCAGAACAGGAAAAUCCACAGGGAAAAGAAGAGAUGAGGGGUUGCCUAGGUUUAGGGGGAACUGUGAAUGACUUCUAAUGGAAUGGAGUUUACUUUUGUGGUGAUAAAACGUUCUAACGUUGACUUUGGUGAUGUCAUGUAACUUUGUGAAUAUAUGAAAAGUUAUUGAAGUGUAUACUUUCAAUGCAUAAAUUGUGUAGUAUGUGAAUUCUAUCUCAAAAAAUUAUUAUAAAAAUAAAAAAUGACAAAACAAAUAGCUGUCACUGAGUACUUUCCAAUGCCAGGCACUGUGCUAAUAAGCUUUAUAAUCUUACCUGUUAUAACAAAUAUGCAAGGGAAGUUUCAUAAUCUUAAUUUACAGCAGGAAAACACGAGUUCAGAGAUAUUAGGGAACUUGCCCAAGGACACAAAAGUAGUAAGUGUUUUAUUAGGAGUUAGGACUUUGACCCAUUUUGACUUUGUCUUACUUUGAGAUUCAGGGCCAUAUGAAAAGGUCUUAGGUGGAUCUUGCAGGCUUUCUUGUGUUCCAAGUCCAGUGUUCGCCAUAUGACCACCACCAAACAGCAGGAGUUAGUGAAAUCUCUGCUUCUGCGUUUCUCUCCGUGAACUGUGGUAAGACGUUGGCCCCGGGUGCUACUGAAUAUGGGUUGGAGAGAAUCUAUCCUUAGUUGUGUUCUCUGUCCUUCCAAGGGUACAUUUGUCCUAGAGACUCCCUUAGUUCCCCCUCAGAGGUGUCACAGCUGUAAUUCUGGGAGUGAGACUCUUGACCCUCCACCGCCAGCACCUGAUUUUAUAGAUUGUGUCUUGUGUUUGAAAUGGAGCCCCGUUGCCCUUGGCUCUGUCUGCUUCCUAGUUCCAAGAAAUAAAACGUGAGAAGGAAGGUGUUAGGCCCACGAAGACAAAGACAUCUAAUAGGCUUACUAAGGAAAAUUUGGAUGAGUUUUGGGAAAAUGACUCUGAAGUAGAUGGAUUACAUUUUCUGUUUGGGCUCAGUAAUUAAGGGAGAAGGGGGACCAAAGCCAGAUGUCCUUGGGAAUCUUGUCAAAUUCCAAAUGUUGGAACACAUUUCAGGAUAUUUGACUGAGUUUGGCAGACUCUACACCUCGACUGUGCCCUUUCUUCUUGGACAAAAGUGACUGAAAAACUUGCAAGGAUCCAAGUCCAAAAGAAGCCACGGGCAUGAUUACCCUUUUAUGGGAAGUAGCACAAUGGCACCCCUUGUCAAUGGAAAUAUUUCCUGAGGGUAUUAACCAUGAGCAUGGCUAUGCUAGCAGGUUUUUUAGAAAGAGAGUGAAAAUCACUGAGGUAACAACUCGGGUCCUAAAGGGAAACAGCAUAUCCUCUCAUUCUGCUGUUUGUGAUCAAGAGCAGAAGCUGGAAGGGGAAAUGUGCCCUGUGACCGUUCACAGCCCCUAGUCCUGUGCAUUCUGAAGUAUUCCCAGGAAUAUUGUGGCCUCACUCUCACCUUUUGACUUUUCCACUGGAUUCUUUAGAGUCAGAGGAGAGCCAUGUGGAAUGAGCACAAUCAGAGAGCACUUCUUUGGUUGUUGGUAAACCCAACCUGAUAGGUUGGAAGGAAGAGGAAGGUGCAGAUGAAGUCCUGGGAACAGCUGAGCCCUUGUUGAAACACCGAAAUGGGGAUAAGGCUGUGGAUAAGCAAAUAUAUUUUUUAUUCACUGAGGAAGCAAAAUUUGAAAGUAAAAAUAUAAAUGAGCUCAUGAGAGAAGUCACCGGUAGCCUUGGAUUUUUGCUUCAAGACAAAAGGAUGGUUUCCAGUCUCCCCUUCCUUCCAUUUCUGCACUUCACUGUCAUAUUUUAAUUCGUUGUGGUAAGAAUUGCUAUUUUUUUAGUGGAUUCCAAUCCUGGCAGUUAUCAAGGGAGCUCCUGUAUGGUAGCCGUUGUGGACCUGUUGAUCCAGCUGGUCACAGCUGGUUCUGCUGAUGCUCCCCAACCUCAAGCUCAGCUCCCUGAUGGAAAUGGAUAAUACAGCAUGACUCCCCUCCCAGGCUGGUAUUAUGUUAUGCUCAGACUGAAGAUUCAAUGACUCCAGGUGACCGAGGGGCUCCCACACUGCUCUUUACUAAUUACAUCUGAGAUCUACUGGCAAUAUUAAUGGCCACAAGGAAUCAGCAAACUGGACUUUAUGAGUAUAAGGUCUAUGGUGUUCUGGGCAAUUGUCUGCCGGAUGUACUUGCAGAUGUCUAUAUGGACGUAGACUACAGAAAACAAUGGGAUGAAUAUAUUGAAGAACUCUACGAAUUGGAAUACAAUGGAGAUACCGUGGUCUACUGGCAAGUGAAGUACCCUUUUCCCAUGUACAACCGAGACUACGUGUAUAUCCGACAGCGGCGAGACCUGGACUUGGACGGGUGGAAGAUCCACGUGAUCCUGGCCCAGAGCACCUCUGUGCCUCAGAUUGCUGAGAGGUCUGGUGUGAUCCGGGUGAAUCAGUACAAGCAGAGCCUGGCAAUCGAGAGUGAUGGCAAGAAGGGGAGCAAAGUUUUCAUGUAUUACUUCGAUAACCCGGGUGGCCUAAUUCCGUCCUGGCUCAUUAACUGGGUCGCCAAGGGUAGUGUUCCUGUCUUCUUGAAUGACAUGGCCAAUGCCUGUCAGAUGUACAAGAGGAGAACCUAAGAAUGGGGAUUGUAUGUUCAUGGAAUGAUUUCUCUGGAAGUGCUAAAGCCACCUGAAGCUCUGCUUUCCUUUUACUUUCCAUUUUCAGAGACCUGCAAGCUAUCCAGUAUUUCCUCCCUGAGUGUGUUUGCCUGACACCGGGCUUCCUGUCCCAGUCUCCCCACCCCGGGACUGGCUGCCUUCUUCCACUGUUGAAUAUGGGUCAGAUUAGGGAAACUCUUGCUUGUUUAUUUUUAAAAAGGGAAGUCCUCAGUAGAGAACACAAUCAUUCCAUUGUGCCAUUUCAGCGGGAUGGGUGGGUGGAGGAACGACAACAAUGCAGGAGCAACUGAUCCCAGGGAGCUGGCUCCUUCCCAGAAUGUGACUUCUUGCAGCUCAGGAGGGACUGCUGGGAGCCCCAUCCCCUUCAGAGUGGAGUCUCAGGGCAACAAGACUAGAUGAUAUGGACUGAAGUCCAUUUGCCUUAUGCUUUAGUGUAUUGAUUUGGCUGCAGCAUGAGGUGAUAAUGCAGUAAGUCUCUCUCCCAUUCCUACUUGUGGAAGAUCAUGACCUGUUUUGAUUUCAAACCAUUCUGAAAAACAGUACAGGCCUAAGCACUUAAUGUGAUAACCACUUUUUUCUCAUCAUCCAGAUUUCUGUUUCCCACAUGCCCCAGGGGAGAGGCUGUGCAUACCUUGCUUAUUCUGCAUUUUAUUGGAAACUGAGGCAUCACGAUGGCUCUGGAAGUUAGCAAAAGGCAAGAUGCUCUGCACACAGUACUGUGAUAAAGUGUCUUUCUAGGCAAUAAAAUGAAUUACCUUCUAGAAUGUUUAGAGAUAUUGAACAGAUAUAGUUCACAGCCAAGGAAAUAUUAAUUAGUGGAUUGAUCGACUCUCCACCUUUUCCUCAGGAAUACAACCUAAGUUGCCUGCCUCUUCAACCACCAAAAGACUUCCAAUUUCUUGUUUUCUCCUGAAUUUUGGUAAGCCAGGAUGUUCCGUGGCUAAAGGCACAGCCUUCAUGAUCUCAGGGAAACAUUUUAACCACAGUGUUAUGGUACUGAACCUUGAUUAGAGGUCAUAGAAAUUCAGGAUGUGAAAACAGAAGCAGAGGAUUUAUUAAAAUGGGAGAUCUCAGACUGUAUGUUUGCUCUCUGGGAAAAUAGAUUGAUACCAAUAAAUACCGAGUGACUUACA